AAUUAUUAAUUUUAUACUUGUGAUUGAAAUUUGUGGUAAACAUCAGCGCAAACAUGCAACGUUGAUUGCGAUAUUAAUAAAUAUAAGAUAAAAUAUUUAAAGUCUAAAUACUGAUAGUAAUUUUAUAAAUUACUCUCUGUUAAAUUAAUAUUUACUUUCUACGAACAAAAUAAAAAAUGAGCUCCAAGCCAGACGCGAGUGAAAUGGAAGUAGACGAAAACAUUGCAUUGGAGAGUGGAUCCUCGAUGGAAGUCGUAAAUUCUGCAGUGGAUGUCGCGGGACCUUCUACGAGUUCUAAUUCUGGCAGCAGCUCCUGCCGGGUUAUGGCGUCCUCAGGAACAGUCGGGUCUGUUUCGGUGAGCUUACAUCCUCUGGUUAUCAUGAAUGUCAGCGAGCACUGGACCAGGUUACGCGCUCAGGAAGGCAGCGAUCAACUAGUCUACGGGGCAUUAAUUGGAAAACAGAAAGGAAGACACAUAGAAAUAAUGAACUCCUUCGAGCUGGUCUUCACGUUGGUUGAAGGUGAUGUUGUUAUUGACAGAGAUUACUAUAACACAAAAGAAGAGCAGUUCAAGCAGGUGUUCAGUGACAUGGACUUCCUCGGCUGGUAUACUACUGGAGACAUGCCCAAUGAUAGAGAUAUUAAAGUUCAUAGACAAAUUUGUGCCAUCAACGAGAGUCCAGUGCUUCUUAAGCUCGAUCCGAGACCCAAAAAUGCAGAUCAAUUAUCUGUAUCAAUGUACGAGUCUGUUAUUGAUCUUGUUGCUGGUGAAGCUACAAUGCUUUUUGUACCUUUGACAUACACAUUAGCUACUGAAGAAGCUGAAAGAAUUGGUGUUGAUCAUGUUGCGAGGAUGUGUAGCAACGAUCAAGGAGAAAGUUCUUUAGUUGCUGAGCAUCUUAUGGCACAGCAUAGCGCUAUUAAAAUGUUGUAUUCAAGAGUAAAACUUAUUUUGAUGUAUCUCCGUGCUGUUGAAAAAGGAGAACUGCCUCCAAACCACGAAAUUUUGAGAGCUGCUCGGUCGUUGGCUCAUCAUUUACCUGUCUUGAAUAGUGAUAGGUUCAAAGCUGAUUUCUACAAUCAAUGCAACGAUUUCGGAUUAAUGACAUACCUCGGAAUAGUUACCAAGGGCUGCAACGACAUAAACCAGUUCGUGAACAAGUUCAAUAUUUUGUACGACCGAUCGGGAAUGGGUCCAGGGCACAUGAGACGAGGAUUGGGUGCAAAUUUGAGACGUAUGCCGCUUGCUUUUUUACAAGAUAAUAUUUUCUCCUAAACCGUUUUUUUCGUUCAUCUUAAUUCAGAUCCAAACUUUAUUACAACUCAUACCUACUAACUAACUUAUGCCUUAUUAUUUUCAAUAAAGAUUACAAUUUUAUAAAUUAA